AUGUGUCACAAAUUUUCCGGUCAAUCGUUCAACAACAACCGAAGCACCCUCAGAGGCACGGUUGUGUUGCUUGUUUGCACUACACUUACCCCGGCACUGAUUGUCCAAGCUCAGUACGGCGGCUGUGACUACUCAAUCGAUGUUGCUAGUGGUCAGACGUACUCAAUCUACUCACCCUACUACAGUGGCUUUUACCCGGCGUAUACCCAAUGCCGUUGGACUUUGAACACGACUCCGGGAUCUCGUAUUGCCCUGUAUUGCAGUGACAUUUCACUUCCCACGAGUACCGGCUGUAGCACUGAUAAACUGAUUAUCUCCACGGGUGGACAAAGUAAUCUCAGCGAUGGAAACACCUAUUGCGGUGCCGGUGUUCUCAACACGGAAUCAUCAUCCAACAAGAUGGUGGUCGCCUUGCAAGUCCCCGGCGCAACAUACGGCGGACGCUUCUACUGUACGGCCACAAAAAUCGAUUGCCAGUGUGGCAUGCGUAAGAAGAAAAAGAUCGUUAAUGGAGAGGAAACGUUGGUUAACGAGUUCCCCAUGAUGGCCGCCCUCGUCGAUGGCUCGAGUGGAGAGGGCAUAUUUUGUGGUGCUACGAUCGUUACGAACUAUCACGCCAUUACGGCAGCGCACUGUUUCAUGGCACGAUCGAUCGGAAGUCUAGCCUUGCUGGUGGGUGAACACGACAUCACCACCGGUACAGAUUCUCCCUACACGGCCCUGCUGCUGCUUGCGUCGGUGAAGAUCCACGAGAGCUACAACCCAACGGCCAGAACCAACGACAUUGCGAUCGUUCGAACACGCACCGAAAUCAUCUUCAACGCCGGUGUCGGCCCAGCCUGUCUGCCGUUGAAAUUUGCCGGAGCCUCAUUCGUCGGCAUUACGCUGGAAGCCGUGGGAUGGGGAACUCUGGACUAUGGUGCCCCCAAAUCGAACGUUCCGAUGAAGGUCGGGUUGGGUGUGGUUGCCCCAGCACAGUGUACUGCCGUUUACCCCAAUUUCUCGACCACACAGCAGCUGUGUGUACUCACCGCUAGCAAGGACACCUGCCAGAGCGACUCGGGAGGCCCACUGUUCUACACAGAUGCGUACAACCAGCGUGUCUAUCUGCUCGGUACGAUCGGGUAUGGAAUCGCGUGCGCCGCCGGUAACCCCAGCGUCAAUACCAACGUUCUCAACUACAUGCAGUGGAUCAUGAACAACACAAGCGAAUGGAACUACUGUUAUCAAUAA